CAUAAAUAUGUAAUACAUUGCUAUGAAUUGAAUAAUUAAUUUUUUUUUUUUGUAUCAAAUGAUUUGCAGGGUUAAACAUAUUUAAUAAAUGUCGGAACCAUUUGUAGGAGGUGGUGGUUUCCCCUCCGCCUCUUUACGACGUUGCACGUUCGGCGGAGGAAAUGGCGCCCGUCGGGUGCAGCAGGCUUCACGUUUGCCAACCAGUCAAGUCCCCUCGAAGUUGACACGUAAGAUAUCCACCUGCCCGUCGUCGCAGCGGCCUCAACGGGCUCAGAAGUAUGUUUUUAAGAGGCGCACUUUGUGUCGGACGGUGAAGACUUCAGAGGAACACCAAACUCUGGCAUUCAGGAUCAUCGCUGGUACCGUAGACUGCAGAGGCAUGGCCAAAGAACAGAAACACAGCAGGGCGGAAACAUUUGUACUGGCUGGAUCGAAUGGUCACAUUGGCCAACAAUGGCAGACUGGUUUAAAUAAUACGGUGCAAAAUCACCCACCGGGCAACAACCACAUGUCGAGGAUGGCCCGCGUCACCUCGGACGUGAGGCUCAAGUGCGCGGCUUAUGUGCUCGCGCUGAGGCCGUGGAGCUUCAGCACCUCGCUCACGCCGGUGGCCCUCGGCAGCGCUUUGGCGUACAAACUGGAGGGCUCUGUGGACUUGGUCAUCCUGAUGGUGUGUGCGGUGGCUGUCCUCGUAGUGCACGGGGCAGGCAACCUCGUAAACACUUACUAUGACUUCUCAAAAGGGAUUGACCACAAGAAGAGUGACGAUAGGACUCUUGUAGAUGAGAUCUUGGCGCCACAGGAUGUUGUUAUGUUUGGAGCGUUGUUAUAUUCGUUAGGGUGCUUGUGUGCCACCCUGCUCUACUUCCUGUCUACACUUAGACUGGAGCACCUAGCCCUUAUUUACUUUGGGGGACUCUCCAGCUCUUUUUUAUACACCGGAGGCAUUGGUCUAAAGUACGUGGCCCUGGGAGACCUGGUCAUCCUCAUCACCUUCGGCCCACUAGCGGUCAUGUUCGCCCACGCGGUGCAGGUCGGCUACCUGUCAGUGCUGCCGUUGGUGUACGCCGUCCCGCUGGCCCUCAACACAGAAGCCAUCCUCCACAGCAACAACACCAGAGACAUGGACUCUGACAAGCAGGCGGGCAUUGUCACCCUGGCCAUCCUCAUAGGCCCCAUGCUCUCUUACGUCCUCUACAACCUCCUGCUCUUCGUCCCCUACGUGCUCUUCUGCAUCCUCGCCACGCGUUACACCAUCAGCAUGGCGCUGCCUCUGCUCACACUGCCCAUGGCCUUCCCUCUGGAGAAGCAGUUCCGCAGCCGAUGCUACGCCAAGAUCCCCCAGAAGACCGCCAAGCUCAACCUCCUCAUGGGACUAUUCUAUGUGUUCGGGAUCAUCCUGGCGCCUCCUGGCAGCUUGCCGUUACUGUGAUUCUUUAGCUUUGAUAUUUCAAAUUUUGCCGUUUUAAUACAGACUAAUAGAUUAUGUACCUCUUUGUACGAUGCAUUUCGAGGGCUUUCACAGGCUUUAAUUUAUUGUCUUAUUUAUAUGUUGAAGAAAUUUAGUUGAGUUACUCCUGUGAUACUGAAGGCAUAAUCAGAUGUAAUUUUUUUUUUCAGUAUUAAGUCCGCUGUAAUAUGUUGGUAAAAGUAAGAAGUGUUGGAGUCCUUUUGUAGAGGUAAGCAAAGUUUUCAUCACAUGGACAAACAAUAAACCUACAGUUGCCAUAUUUGUAGAUUUUUAAGACAUGACGCAUACAAAUAUCAUAAAAACUUCAAUAAACCAUUAUUCUAAACAUUA